AUGGAUUCGGCAUUUCUGGUUUUCAACUCUGAUAACGAGUCCAUUUCAGAUGUAUUGGAUUUGGAGACAGAGGAUUUCAACGAUGUUGAAGAAAAGCCGACUACCACUGUUAACCAUAAAGGAGGAUCGGUUUGGCGAGAUAUUGUUGUCGGAGAACAGAUGGAGGGAUGCCUAACCCGUCUUGAAGUAACCCCUAAGACAGCUGCUUACACUGAUAUGGAUGAUCCAAACUAUGAGCCCAAGGGCGAUGGACCAAAACGGAAACGUGUUUUUUCAUCAAAUAAGUCAAAUAAAAAAACUAAUAUACCAGAAAAUAGAGAAUAUGAUUUGGAGUCAGAUCAUGUUGUAAAAAAAAGAUAUUCACAUGGAAAUGAUUUUAAGAAAUGUCAUUAUAAAUAUGGAAAUACAAAAGGAUUUGAGGAAAAAAGAACUGAUAAUGACAAUACAUCAAAGGCUAGAAUAUUGCUUGAUAUUUGUGAAUCUGAAGAAAAGACUAUUGAUCAGUUUUUGGAUGAGUUGUGCACAAAUCUUUAUGAACACAAUAAGAUUUUAAUGUUAUCUGUGAUAUCCAAAAUUGACAGGAAAAUCAUUCUUGAAAAAUAUAAGAAAACUUGUUUAAUAGAAGCUAAUGGUGGCCAAAUGAUAAAGAAUGGUAACCGUAGACGAACAUCUGGAGGAAUAUUUUUUAAUUUAAUUAAAGAAGAUAAAUCAAUUCCAAAUUCAGCAAAAAAAGAUCUAUUUAGCUGUCCUCAGAACGAAGAGAUGAAAAAGAAAAAGAAACGUGAAAAAAUGAAACGUAAAAAAGAAAAAUUAAGGAAAUUGAUUGAUCAGGAUAAUAACAAAGUGGAUAUUUUGAAAACAUUAAAUGAAGAACUAGAAACAAUAUCAUCAAAUUGUACUAUUGAAAAUGAAGAGUUAUCAGAUUAA